AAACUUUGAAUCCAUUUCCUUUCUCUCAUAUGUAUGUUCCUGCAAAUUAACACACAACAUUUCCUUUCGAUCAUUUCAAGUUUUUUUCUUAGGAAAAAAUGGCGACAAGUGAAGAACCUAGUACGGAUGCCUCCAUAAUAUGUUAUGCGCCAAGCAUGAUCACCACCAAUGGUGUUUGGCAAGGCGAUAAUCCUCUCGACUUUUCGCUACCUCUCUUUGUUCUUCAGCUAACUUUGGUUGUUGUCGUCACUCGUUUCUUCGUCUUUAUCCUCAAACCCUUUCGCCAACCUCGUGUCAUCUCCGAGAUCCUUGGCGGAAUUGUUCUUGGACCAUCGGUGCUAGGGCGCUCCACAAAAUUUGCACACACUAUUUUCCCUCAAAGAAGUGUGAUGGUACUUGAAACAAUGGCUAAUGUGGGUUUACUUUACUUCCUAUUCUUGGUGGGUGUAGAGAUGGACAUUAUGGUUGUACGUAAGACAGGGAAGCGAGCCCUAACCAUCGCUAUUGGUGGUAUGGUUUUACCAUUCCUCAUUGGUGCUGCCUUCUCUUUCUCUAUGCAUAGAUCAGAAGACCACUUAGGGCAAGGCACCUAUAUACUUUUCCUUGGUGUUGCACUCUCCGUUACUGCAUUCCCGGUUCUUGCAAGAAUUCUUGCUGAGCUCAAGCUCAUCAAUACCGAGAUUGGGCGGAUAUCGAUGUCUGCAGCUUUAGUUAACGACAUGUUCGCUUGGAUUCUUUUGGCCUUAGCUAUUGCAUUGGCUGAGAGUGACAAAACUUCAUUUGCCUCUCUUUGGGUUAUGAUCUCUAGUGCAGUUUUCAUUGCCGUUUGUGUUUUUGUUGUGAGACCAGGCAUUGCUUGGAUCAUACGUAAAACCCCUGAAGGAGAGAAUUUCAGUGAGUUCCACAUAUGCCUAAUCUUGACAGGAGUUAUGAUCUCCGGUUUCAUUACUGAUGCAAUCGGAACACAUUCAGUCUUUGGUGCUUUUGUGUUUGGUCUUGUGAUUCCCAAUGGACCUCUUGGUCUAACCCUCAUUGAGAAGCUUGAAGAUUUCGUCUCUGGCCUUCUCCUACCUCUCUUCUUUGCCAUAAGUGGUCUCAAGACUAAUAUAGCUGCCAUUCAAGGCCCUGCCACGUGGUUAACUCUGUUUCUUGUCAUUUUCCUCGCUUGUGCUGGAAAGGUCAUCGGUACAGUUAUUGUUGCGUUUUUCCAUGGAAUGCCAGUUCGUGAAGGAAUCACUCUUGGACUACUCUUGAACACUAAAGGUCUUGUUGAAAUGAUUGUACUUAAUGUUGGAAAAGACCAAAAGGUUUUGGAUGAUGAGACAUUUGCUACUAUGGUACUUGUGGCCUUGGUUAUGACUGGAGUCAUUACUCCUAUUGUAACAAUCCUUUACAAGCCAGUGAAGAAAUCUGUUUCAUACAAGAGACGAACAAUCCAACAAACGAAGCCAGACAGCGAGCUUCGGGUAUUGGUUUGCGUUCACACACCGCGUAAUGUUCCUACUAUAAUUAACCUUCUUGAAGCUUCACAUCCCACAAAGAGAUCUCCUAUAUGCAUCUACGUUCUCCACCUUGUUGAGCUCACGGGCCGCGCAUCCGCGAUGUUGAUUGUCCACAACACUCGUAAGUCAGGACGACCCGCGCUUAACAGAACUCAAGCUCAAUCAGAUCAUAUCAUCAACGCCUUUGAGAACUAUGAACAACACGCUGCCUUUGUCGCUGUACAACCUUUAACAGCUAUUUCACCUUACUCAACAAUGCAUGAAGAUGUUUGUAGCUUAGCAGAGGACAAACGUGUCUCCUUCAUAAUCAUACCAUUUCACAAACAACAAACAGUUGAUGGAGGAAUGGAAUCAACCAACCCGGCCUACCGUUUAGUCAACCAAAACCUACUCGAAAACUCGCCUUGUUCGGUCGGAAUACUCGUGGAUAGAGGACUCAAUGGAGCGACAAGACUCAACUCAAACACUGUUUCUCUUCAAGUUGCUGUUCUGUUUUUCGGCGGUCCAGACGAUAGAGAAGCUUUGGCUUAUGCAUGGAGAAUGGCUCAACAUCCUGGCAUCACUCUAACUGUUUUACGGUUCAUUCAUGAUGAAGAUGAAGCAGACACAGCUUCAACACGAGCGACCAAUGACAGUGACCUAAAGAUACCAAAGAUGGACCAUAGAAAACAAAGACAACUUGAUGAUGACUACAUUAAUCUCUUUAGGGCAGAAAAUGCGGAAUACGAGUCAAUUGUGUAUAUAGAAAAACUAGUGAGCAAUGGGGAAGAGACUGUUGCAGCAGUGAGAUCAAUGGACAGUUCUCAUGAUUUGUUUAUAGUUGGAAGAGGAGAAGGAAUGUCGUCUCCUCUUACCGCGGGUUUAACUGAUUGGAGUGAGUGUCCUGAGCUUGGUGCCAUUGGAGAUUUGCUUGCUUCAUCAGACUUUGCAGCUACUGUGUCGGUUCUUGUGGUUCAACAGUAUGUUGGGUCAUGGGCACAAGAAGAUGAUAUGGAUUUUCCUGAGAGUCCAGUACAUUCACAUGAAACAAAAGUCACAUAUGGUUUAGAGAAUCCACGUUAGCCAAACAUUCAGAUUUGUUUUUUUUAUCUUACACACACACUUUCAUUUUCUCAUUUGUUUUUUGUCAUACAAAUGUAUUUUAGCAAACUAUAAAUUGGCUUACACCCCAAAUUUGGGGUAUUUACAGAAACUGAUUAAUUUUACAUUUUGUUUUAGAUUUUUUGUAUGUCCAAGGGCCAC